UGUGUGACAUCAAUGGUAUCAUAAUUUCUACAUACCUACCUGAUCUUGUAAGAACUAAACAAAGGAUUUCAUUUCACCUGCAAAUUUUAUCCAUAUCUAUAAUCUUAUUAAGCUAGCUAUUAGGAGAUACUGAUUAAAAGAUGGCUCUGAAAAGAGUUCCAGAGGUUGCUCUGAGCUCCGGAAAUGCAAAAGCUAUGCCUGUUUUGGGACUAGGCACGGGUGGAUAUCCCCAUCUUAAGCCAGAGGAAGUCGUAAAAGCUGUGCUUGAAGCAAUUCAGCUUGGUUACAGGAUGUUUGAUACUGCUUCCGCUUAUGAAACAGAGGAAGCUCUUGGUGAAGCUAUAACUCAAGCAGUUAGUCUUGGUUUAAUAAAGUCCCGCGACGAUGUCUUCCUCACCUCUAAAAUCUGGUGCACUGAUAACCAUGGCGAUCGUGUCAUCCCUGCCCUUAAAAAGACUCUGCAGAACAUGAAGUUGGAGUAUCUUGAUCAGUAUCUUAUUCAUUGGCCAGUAAGCCUGAAGCCCGGAACAGACCCUUAUCAUCCUAACCCUGGUGAUGUUGUUCCCAUGGACAUCAAAUCUGUUUGGACAGCAAUGGAAGAGUGUCAAACACUUGGCCUUACAAAAUCGAUUGGUGUCAGUAAUUUCACUCGCAAGAAGCUUACUGAUAUUCUAUCUUUCGCUACAAUUCCUCCAGCAAUCAAUCAAGUGGAGAUGAACCCGACAUGGCAACAAGUGAAGCUUAAUGAGUUCUGUCGGGCAAAUGGAAUCAAGAUAGCCGCCUAUUCUCCUCUCGGAGCAGCAGGAGCCUUUUGGGGAACCAAAGGAGUGCUUGAAUCCGAGGUUCUAAAGGAAAUUGCAAAGUCAAAAGGAAAAUCUGUAGCUCAGGUAGCUCUGCGAUGGGCUUAUGAGCAAGGGGUUGUCAUUGUGACUAGGAGCUCGAACAAGGAUAGAUUAAAGCAGAAUCUUGAAAUUUUUGACUGGCAGUUGAGCCAUGAGGACUCAAAGAAGAUUGCUGAAGAAAUCCCGCAGAGCAGGGCAUGCACUGGAAAAAUGUUUAUCUUUGAAACUGGUCCUAUCAAGUCACUUGAGGAGCUCUGGGAUGGAGAAAUUUAAAAUGUUUAUGACAAACCUUCUGGAAUAAGGAUUUGCUGCCUUUAGAUAUCUUCUUUGUAAUUUAUAGUUGCU